UCCUUUUGGCUGAUUGUUCAGGGAGCCGAUCGGAGAAAGCGGGCUGGAUGUCCUGUAUCUAUCUUCCUGGAGCGUGAAUAUCCGCUGAGCGUGGGUACUCUAAUGAGGUAUGAGAAGGUACUAUGGAUCAAUACAGCAUUCUUGGCCGUAUUGGAGAAGGAGCCCACGGCAUUGUUUUCAAAGCCAAGAAUAUAGAAACUGGGGAGACUGUGGCCCUGAAGAAAGUGGCUCUCCGCAAGCUGGAGGAUGGGAUCCCCAACCAAGCCCUGAGGGAGAUCAAGGCUUUGCAGGAGAUUGAGGAAAACCAGCACGUGGUGCAACUGAAAGAUGUUUUCCCUCAUGGCACAGGGUUUGUGCUGGUAUUUGAGUAUAUGCUGUCUGAUUUAUCCGAGGUGAUUCGCAACUCUGAACAGCCACUUACUGAAGCCCAAGUGAAAGGCUACAUGAUGAUGCUGCUCAAGGGGGUGGCUUUCUGCCAUGCCAACUCUAUUAUGCACCGGGAUCUGAAACCAGCUAAUUUGCUGAUCAGUUCCACAGGGCAAUUGAAAAUUGCUGAUUUUGGCUUGGCCCGGGUGUUCACCAGUGAUGGAGAGAGACUAUAUAGUCAUCAAGUGGCCACCAGGUGGUAUCGGGCUCCCGAAUUGCUAUAUGGUGCUCGAAAGUAUGAUGAAGGUGUAGACCUGUGGGCAGUUGGCUGCAUCUUUGCGGAACUUCUCAACAAUUCUCCCCUCUUCCCUGGAGAAAAUGACAUUGAGCAGCUGUGUUGUGUCCUCCGGGUGCUUGGCACGCCUAAUCACAAGACCUGGCCGGAGAUUACAGAGUUGCCUGAUUACAACAAAAUCUCCUUCAAAGAGAAGCAGCCCAUCCCUUUGGAGCAGGUGGUGCCUGAUGCUUCUCCACAAGCAGUCCAGCUCCUGAAAGAGUUCCUGGUCUAUCCUUCCAAGCAACGUAUGCAAGCAGCCCAGGCACUUCUGCAUCCCUAUUUUUUCACAUCCCCUCUGCCAGCCCACCACUCAGAAUUACCAGUUCCCCAGCGUGGGAACAAAAAAAUUCGUCAGGGGCUCCAGCACCACCGUGAUUUCCAUGUGGAAGAGCCCCUGGAAGGGUCAGUUGUAGAUCUGGAACUGGUGGCACCAUAUGUGAUUGAUGUAUAAGAAGAGAGUCCGCUCUUGUUCGCCUUUCAACUCUGGCUUUUAUACCAUCUCGUGAAGCAAGUUUGGUUCUUCACCCCGACGCACUUUAAAUUCUUGUGGGAAGGAGCUGUGCAUUUAUUGGCUCUAUGUGCGGGGUAACCGCGAGGCCGAAGCCCAGUGAUAUCACGCAGAUGGGCGAAAAGAAUCCAGGACUUUCAAAAGCAGGAAGGUGUUUUGACUUUUUUCCACCAUACGUGGGCCUAUUGGAUGGCUGAAUUCAGUAGUUUCUGGCAGAUAUUUGGUGGCCCGGUUUCUGGGGCUGCACAAAGAGACUGGGGAGGAGCUGUGUGCAGCCUGCAUUUGUCCCCUUUUAUUUUCAAGGGAACCCAUUUGUUGAGUGGUUUGGUGGCAGCAGAUGACAAAAGAGGGAGCCGAGAGCAUGCUGAGCUGCCACUCUGAUAGAAGGACCAAGAGAAAGAGUUCUCUCCAAAGACUCACAAAACCCAUCCAGUGAGGCAUGUGACAUAAUUCUGGUAUUCUUUUCCCCCCCCAUGAU